UGGGGGGGGGAGUGUGUAUGGCCUUUGUCUGUACAGAGUAUAAAAGGCAGGAUCUCACCUGGGAGACACAACAUCACCUUAAGCAUCCAACCAAUUUCAAGACUCCAGACUUCGGCAUCGCAAUAAGUCUUACUUGAGAACACGGAGGACAAAGUGAAAAGGGAGGAGAAACUGACUGAAGCCAAAACAGACAGAAAAAAAUAAUCACACUUAAAACAUCAACAAUAGAUACUGCAGAUCAACAUGCUCUCUAAAGUAAAGAGAACCAUCAGGCCAGUGUACUCUAUGAGAGGACUCCACAAGUCAGCCCUGGACGUGAUGGAGCACUCAGCCCCAGAGGAAACAGUGACAGCCAGCUUUGGGAGAUUCAUCCAGGGAGUGCAGAACCAUCAACUUUCCUCCACCCUCCUCCAUCGCAGUAAAAGGAUGGUGCUGGACAGUAUCGGAGUGGGAAUCCUGGGAAGCACAACUGACGUGUUCCAGUUGGCCCUUAAACACUGCCAGCACAUGUACGCCCCUGAUAAUGUCAGCUCUGUGUACGGACGCAGGGGCACCAGACUUUCACCCACAUUAGCAGCUUUUGUCAAUGGAGUGGCAGCUCACUCUAUGGACUUUGACGACACCUGGCAUCCUGCCACCCACCCCUCAGGUGCUGUACUUCCUGCUCUGAUGGCAAUCAGCGACAUGCUCCCCAAAGGCAGCAAGCCUAGUGGACUGGAUUUCCUGGUGGCCUUUAACAUAGGGAUUGAGAUUCAGGGACGCUUGAUGAGGUUCUCCCGCGAGGCACAUAACAUCCCUAAGAGGUUUCAUCCCCCCAGUGUGGUGGGCACCAUGGGCAGUGCUGCUGCCUGUGCCCGCCUUCUGGCUCUGGAGCGCACACAGUGUAGCCACGCUCUUGCCAUUGCCGCAUCUCUGUCAGGCGCUCCAAUGGCUAAUGCUGCCACCCAGUCCAAACCAUUCCACAUCGGCAACGCUGCACGGCUGGGCCUGGAGGCUGCCCUCUUGGCCUCCAGGGGCCUUGAGGCCAGUCCGCAAGUCCUAGAUGCCAUCCCUGGAGUUGCUGGCUUUAGCGCCUUCUAUGAAGACUAUGUCCCCCAACCUUUAAUCUCCCCAGAGGAGGAAGAAUAUCACAGCUUCUUGCUGGAGGAACAGGAUAUAGCGUUCAAACGUUUCCCUGCCCACCUUGGGAUGCACUGGGUUGCCGAUGCUGCGGCCUCGGUCCACAAAAUGCUCAUGGGCGUGGGAUCAGGCCCUAUGGCCCCUGGCAUGGUUCAAGACAUCUUACUCAAGGUCCCCCGCUCCAAAUACAUAAACAGGCCCUUCCCAGAAUCUGAGCACCAGGCACGUCACUCCUUCCAGUUUAAUGCCUGUAGCGCCCUGCUAGAUGGGGAGGUGACUGUACAAUCCUUCUCACCUUCUGCUCUCCACCGCCCGGAACUGAGCGACCUUCUAGGCAGAGUCCGCGUAGAGCAUCCCCACGAUAACCCUGCCAACUUUGAUCUUAUGUAUGCUGAGGUCCAGGUAACCCUAGUGGGAGGGGAUGUGCUGAAGGGGCGGUGUGACACCUUUUAUGGUCACUGGCGCAAUCCACUGACGAAUGAGAGCCUGAAAAGAAAGUUCCGGAACAACGCAGGGGCGGUGCUUUCUGAAGAGGAGGUGGAGCAUCUCAUUGAAACAGUGGAUGAUCUGGAGAGGCUGGGGGACUGCACUCCUCUACUCUGUCAUAUGCUGUAAGACUGGCCUAGGGCUAGAGUUAGGGCUAAUGCCAGUGCCAGGGUUAUAGGGGAAAAACACAGCUACAGUGGUAGAGCAUUUGACUGGCAUAUCAAAAGGUUGGAGGUUGGAGGAGCAUCUGCUACAUGAAUACUUAAAUUACAUUAAAGAGUGCUACAGAGCUUGGUGAUGGUUGUGGUACAGCAUAUGUAUCCGUCCACCUCUUUUUAAGCUUACUAGGGGAACUUUCCUUAUCGCAUAUUAAACGUCAGAUUUCAUGUACAAUAAACUGUAGCAUUAUACUGUAUAUAUACUAUAUAUAACAAUAUUUUAGUUUUUUAUGACUGCAGGCAUACUCCAUAUGUGAGUGGUGGGAAAUCUGGAACAUUAAUAUGACUUUGAUAUCUAUGUUUGG